GUGGUUGUCAGUUGUCAUUUUUGAUAACCAUAACCUUAAAAACAUUUUUGCUCUUCAUCUUCAAAGCUUAUUAAUCUUAUCCCAGUUUAUCCGUUUACCGGUAUAGAUUAUAAACCUCAUCAAGUUUAGUUUAGUUUUAAAUUUGUUCGAAUAAUUUAUAUAAAUUAAUGGUAAAAAAUGAAUAAAUUAAUAUUACCUCCGUCUCCAAAUUGGUAUGAAAGCAACAUUUCAACAUGUGCACCUGAUAAUACUUUAAUUUAUGGAGCUAGAAGUGAUAUCAUUAUUUUAGAAAAUAAUGAUCCUAAAGUAGCGGCAAAUGUAAGAGUGAUAUCCCGAGCUCAUACUCUGAAAAUACUAUGUGUAAACAUAAACAAAAAUUGGGGACAACCACAUAAACUAAUUGUUUCCUUGUCUGAUGAUAAAAUUGUCAAAGUUUGGGAUGUGGAAUCUUGCAAAAAACUAUACUCUCACAAUAAACAUCUUUCACAUAAUAAAGUGAUAGGUGCUACAUUUGCUGGAGAUGAACGGAUUAUCAGUGUUUCUGAAGAUGGUACAAUAGUUAUAUGGAAUCUCCCUUUAAAUGAAACUAAUAAUAUUAAAGAAUUAUUGGGACCUAAGGUAUCAGUAACAUGUAUAUCUACUUGUCCACAUGCAUCUUGGCUAACAGCAUUUGGUUUAAAAAAUGGAUUGGUAAUUGUUACUGAUUUAAGAAGAAGUGGUAAAGUGUUAUACAGAAUGAGAGGUCAUGAUAAGUCAGUAAUUUCUUUAUCAUGGUGUCCUGUUCCCAUAAAUAUAUUUCCCAAAAAUCCAUACAAUUUUGUUGGUCAAAAGCAAAUAGAUGAUGGAAAUAAAGAGGAAAUGGUGGAUAGUAAGCUUGAACAGCCAAAUGAUAAUGCUUUUCAAGUUUGCCAUCCUUUACUGAAAAUGUAUGGUUAUGAUGAAGAUGAUGAAAAAUAUUUGCAAAUGUAUUUACUCAAAGAAUGGGAAUUUGUUGAUCAUAAAAUAUUAGAUAGGCUGCCUACCAGCAAUCAACCAGAAAGUGACAUUACAAAUGAGUCCUCAGAGGAGAAAAUUGAUGAUUUAAUUAAAUCAAUAAAUAAUGUUGGCUCUGAAAUCAAUGAUACAGAUACCAGCAAUCAACCAGAACGUGACAUUAUAAAUAAGUCCUCAGAGGAGAAACUUGAUGUAUUAAUUAAAUCAACAAAUAAUGUUGGCUGUGAAAUUAAUAACACAGAUACCAGUAAUCAACCAGAAAGUGACAUUACAAAUAAGUCAUCGGAGGAGAAACUUGAUGUAUUAAAAAAAACAACAGAUAAUGUUGGCACUGAAAUUAAUGAUACAGAUUCAAAUAUUGACAAAAUAGUAUCUAAUACAGACACUGAAAUAAAUAAAUCUAAAACUUGUGAAGAUGUUGGUAGGGAAAUUGUUAGUACUAAACCAAUCCCUGUAGAAGAAGAACCCAGAAAAGAAUUUUUGUUAGCAUCUUCGGCAAAGGAAGGAAAUAUUUAUAUAUGGCGAGCUGGAACAGAUGGCAGAAUGCAGACAUUUUUAACUCUUCCAAAUAAAGCUAACUACCGCAAGUCUAAACAUGAUGUUGAUAAAAUGUGGAUAACAUUGUGCUGGAUUUCACCCACAGUUUUAUUAUCAUCUUCAAAGUCGUCAGAAUUGUUAGCUUGGACAUUACCUAAGCCACAAGACCAUUUAAAAGCUCAUACAGUUAUACAUAAAGAUCACAGUUCAUUGAUCUUUUCAAUAUCUGCUCCUAGUCAGUUACUAAAUGAAUACAACUGGAAGGAAACUACAGAAAUUAAUGCUUGGACAACUUCUCAAGAUCGCUUAUUGUUGAAUACUAGAAUUAAUAGUGCAAGAAGUAAUCUUGCCUGUUAUCCUACAUUUGCUGGCAAUAUACAAUCAAUACAGUUAUCGCCCUUGGAUCCUAACAGAUUGGUUAUUGGUACGUCAGAUGGAUUUAUUAAACUAUGGGAUUUAAGUCUUCCCCACACGAAUAAUAUAAUCAUGACUAGUUUUUAUCAGAAAAUUCAAGGUAAAGUUUCAGCAAUGGCUUGGCAUCCGGAAAAUGAGCUCUUGUUGGCUUUUGGAACUUCAGAAGGAAGGGUUGGUUAUAUAGAUACUAGCAAUAAAUCAAAAAUGCCUGUAAUUUUACCUCAUUAUUUUAAAUCAGAAGUCUACAAAGUAGAAUGGGCACCUGUGGAUGGAAACAAACAAAAUAUUGGAUUGUAUGCUGUGGGUGAAGGAAAUUUGAUACUUUUUGAUAUCAAUAAAUCGCCAAAAGAUCCCAUAGAAAUUGACAAACCUCAAAAGACAUUCAUCUAUUCAUUUGCUUGGAAACCAGAUUAUUCUCUAUUGCUUAUCACGACCAAAACAGGAUUUUUAAUUGUAUACUCGCCAGAUAUGAAUAUACUUUGCAAACAUUAUUUCCAGUACCGGAUCAAUGACAUUGUGUGGCAUCCAAAUGCAUCUGUUGUUGGUACUAAAGAAAGUAACUGGUUCGCAACGAUUUCUAAUACAAGAAAUGUGAUAGUAUAUGACUUCAAAGUAGAAAGUGGCAAUAAUGAUGAUAAUAUAAUAAAUAUGUAUCAAGGUGGUGCAUCAGACAUGAUUAAUGCAGUAGCUUGGAAUCCUUAUGAUCCUUCUCAGCUUGUGAUUGCUUCUGAGGUUGGAGCUGCCCAGAUAUGGGAUGUUCAGAAAAACGAAAUAGUGUCAACUUUCAUAAACCAAAGCUUUGAAGGUGUCUUAGCAGCUAUUUGGAGUCCCAUAGAUCCAGAUUUUAUGAUUUCUGCAGGAAAAGAUAGCACUUUAAAAAUUUGGAAAAUUCCAGAGCAUCCACCUUUGACUGAAAAAGAAAUAUCAUGCCAAAGAAAGACUAUUCUAAAAGAAUUGACAACAGAAGCAUCCGAUCUCUUACCAAAGAUCGAGCCAACUGUUGAAGAAACAAUUAAGAUUAAGAAACCUGCCAAAAAUGCCAUACUUCCUAAAUACUAUUCUCCAAAGAAUUCAACACAAACAGUUUUAGACCUCAAAAAAUUAUUACUUUGGGUCGAAAAUCCGACUGCUGUUGAAACAAAGAUUGGUGAUAACUGUGAAAUCGAUAUAUUGAAUAUUUUCGGAGCAAACCAAGAUAUGAUUAAUUUAAUUAGUCUCAACGAAGUGGUUCAUAAGCAAAAAGGAAAGUAUAGCUUGCACACAACAUUAUCUCUAUUUAGAGGCGAUAUUAGCACCUCUAUAAAAGAAGCGAUUCAAGAAAAAAGGGUCACUCCUGGAAUUAUUUCUCUUGCGCCUAUGGUAUCACCAAAACUUUGGCAAGCAGCAUGCGAAACUUAUGGUGAUCAAUUAUCAGAAGAGUCAAAUUCAGAUCCUCUGGAAAUCGCUACGUAUUAUUUGGCCUGCCAUAAAGUGGAGAAAGCUGUCAAUUGUCUUAGUGAUGCUUUGCUAUUUCGAGAAGCAAUAGCAUUAGCAAAAUGCAGAAUGUUGGAUAAAAAAAAAGUUGAUGACAUUAUAAGUAAAUGGGCAGCAUAUUCUGUCCAAACUGGUAAUUUUGAAAUUGCAGCUCAAUGUAACAUAUAUCUUGGAAAGUAUGAAGAAGCUGCAACAGUACUGUUCAGAAGAACUGAUUUGGAACUUCUAGAAUUUGCUAUGGAGUUAGCUGAAAAAGCUGGAAAUUCAGCUUUACAAAAAGCUGUUCUAUUCAGAUACAAUGCAUUCAAAGAUACUAAUGGCAAUAAAACUGAAGUGGAACUGCCAUCAAGACAAGAAGUUUUAAUUAAUGAUAAUAAAAUAGAGACUGCAAUAAAAAAUAGCAAUGAAAAUAUAAAUAAUGUGUUAACUACUUUGGAAAAUGACAAAGAAGAAAAUACUCAAAAUUCAGUUGACAAUCAGCGUGAAAUAAAAAUGAUAGAAAUUUCUGAAACAGAUUUAAUAGUAGAGAAACCUCUGGCUGACGUAGUCGCAGAUAUAAUUGUUACUUCAAUAGAAGAAUAAGAAUAACAUUUUAUUUUGAAUAUUGUUUUUGUUCCUUUAUGAUCUGAUUAUUAAGAUUUAACUUAACUACAAGGUGUUUUUGUUUUGUUAAGUAUCCACUGUGUGGAAUAAUUUUUUUUAUU